GCACGCACGCACGCACGCACGCAUCCCCACUUGCCCUCGUGGACUUCUCCCGAUGCCGGCGCCCGCCUCAUCGCCCUCCCUCUCGGGGAGCCCGGCAACACAAGCACCGCCCGUGGACCCGGCACAAUUGGAGCCACUUGUUGCGUAUGACGGGGACAGCAUCAUUGCUGAUCCGCGGCAGAGGGGUAACCCCGCGCUCAUUGCUCUUGAACGCAUGCGCCGGAUGGUUUUGGCAAGCCGAGCGGCCGGGACUCGCCGCACGCGCGAUCCGCAGGAUCUUCCCACUGACCCACCACCGGCAGUCGAGUUUCUGCCGCUGGCCUGUGGGGACUUUAUCCUUGGGCGCACGGCAUGCGCCAUCUUCCUCUGCACAAGCUACCACCGGCAAUUUCCCGCCUACGUGUACGAACAGGCCAAGCGCCUCGGCGGCAGCUUCGACCUGCGCCUGCUGCUGGUCUUGUGCGAUAGUCCCAAUGACACGGACAUCCUCACCGAGCUCACCCGGCUGGCAGUCAACUACCGGCUGACCAUCCUGCUGGCCGAGACCCCGGACGAAGUGGCCCGCAUCCUGGUCACGACUCGCCGGACGACCCUCGCCAUGGCCGGCACGACGACCCUGCCGCUGCACUAUCUGACGGGACCCUCGGCCGGCGGGGACCAUGCCGGCCAGGACGACGAUGACGAUGACCUUGACGACGACCCGGAUGCCGAGGGCACCGGGCCGGCGCAGCGCCACACCCGGCGCGACCCCCACGCGCCAGACAUCGUGGGCUUCCUGCUGACCGUGCGCGGCAUCAACCGGACCGAUGCCCAGCGCCUGCGGCGCACCUUCCCUACCGUCCAGGCGCUGGCCGCCGCAUCGGUGGCCGACCUGCAAGCCGUCCCGGGCAUCGGCCGGGAGAAAGCCACCCGCGUGCGGGAGGCCUUCCGUGAACCUCUCUGGCUGCCGGACACAUCAGCCGACGCGGGCGUCAUGUGAUACCCCGGACGUGACCCGGGCCAAGGCUUCGGCCUGUCUUCGCCCAUCGGAGGCGGCGGCACAAGAAUAUACCCGCACGCACAGACGUACACACAGGCCCUCCCUUCCCCGGCUCCCUCCCAAGAGUCUUGGUUUGGGCC